GAAGUGGCCUUUGGAGCAGACAAACGUGGGAAACUACCAAACCAACCCGAAACCAAGACAAGGCCAUCUGUUCAUCGCGUAAGCUUUCCUCUCCCCCAACCAAAUCCACCACCCGAAUCCACCGCCGCGGGGCCGAUCCCGCCCCACAUCCAUGGCGAUCGGGCCCGGCACCCGCUUCCCAUUCCGCCGAUUCGGGAUUUGACAGGAUCUAGUGGCCACGCCGUCUCUCGCUGCUCGAUUGCUGAUUUUGGUCCGGGGAAGGGAAUCUCCUGCCGCUUGCUGCUCCUGUUGGAAUUCGCUGCGUGGGAGGAGGGGCGAUGGGGAUGCUGUUCCUGGAGUACCUCCCGGGGCCCAAGGUGUUCAAGUGCAAGUACUGCAGGGUUGACUCCGCCUCGCCGGAGGACAUCGUCUCCAAGGAGUUCCGCGGCCGCCACGGCCGCGCCUACCUCUUCGAUAGCGUGGUGAAUGUGAGUCUUGGUCCCAACGAGGAUCGCCAUCUCUUGACUGGAUUGCAUACAGUGAACGAUAUCUACUGUAGCUGCUGCCAACGGCUCCUUGGCUGGAAAUAUGCGAAAGCUUACAGUGAGGACCAGAAGUACAAAGAAGGGAAAUUUAUAUUGGAGAAGAACAUGAUGCUCAAAGAAGGACGUUAGCUGAUGGGGAUGAUAUGCUAUUAUGUCUGCAAAAGCAGACAUUUGCAACUGUGAACUGUAGCUGAAGAUUCACUGAUAUGGAAUAGUAAUUAUUGAAAUAUUGACCAUCCUGGUGAUGACAAUCACCAUGCAAUUGCAACUGUGAAAUCUGUUGUCCUGUCACUUUUGCUCUGUUGGCCAUUUCAAUCACCAUGCAAAUCACCAGGUUUUCUUGA